UGGGACGGACUUGAUCCCUGCGGCAGAUGCUCUGGAGUCCGUGCCGGCACAAUUCUGGUGCAGGCGAACUCUCGUGCUGGUGGCCCCUGGACCGCGCGAUGACUGGACGGUGCUUCUGCUGUGAAGUAAAAGAGAAGAGGUAUUCUCAUUCUGAGGAAAAGUAAAGCUACUGUAAACUAAGGUGACUUCUGGGACUGAGGACGAGAGUUGAAGAUGAAGGACGAUUGCUCGUCCAGCUCCCAUGUGCCCAUCAGCGACAGCAAGUCCAUUCUGAAGUCAGAACUCUUAAGCCUGCUCAAAACCUACAACUGCUACCAUGAGGGCAGGAGCUUCCAGCUAAGACACCGAGAGGAAGAAGGGACUCUGAUCAUCGAAGGACUCCUCAACAUUGCCUGGGGACUCAGACGACCCAUCCGGCUCCAGAUGCAGGAUGAUCGGGAGCGAGUGCACCUGCCUUCUGCCACGUGGGUGCCUGAGCGGCUCAGCGGCCUCCAAAAGGAAGCUUCCCCCCAGGACAGCAAGACCCCUACUGAGGAGCCUAGUGCUCAGCCUGCAAACAAGGCAGAGGUUUCCAGAGGACCCCUGGAGGAGGAGGAGGAGGAGGAGGUCCCACAGCUUAUGCGGACCAAGAGUGAUGCCAGCUGUGUAAUCCAGAGGAGGUCCAAAUCCCGGGCACCGAGCGAAGCCCAGAAGAUACGACGGCACCGGUUCUCCAUCAAUGGACACUUUUAUAACCACAAGACCUCAGUGUUCACUCCUGCCUAUGGGUCUGUGACCAACGUCCGGGUUAACAGCACUAUGACCACCCAGCAGGUGCUCACCCUGCUGCUAAACAAGUUCAGGGUUGAAGAUGGCCCCAGUGAAUUUGCACUCUACAUUGUCCACGAGUCUGGGGAGCAGACAAAAUUAAAAGAUUGUGAGUACCCACUGAUAUCCAGAAUCCUGCAUGGGCCCUGUGAGAAAAUUGUCAAGAUCUUCUUGAUGGAAGCUGACUUGAGCGAGGAAGUGCCCUAUGAUGUCGCCCAGUACAUUAAGUUCGAAAUGCCGGUGUUGGACAGUUUUGUUGAAAAAUUAAAAGAAGAGGAAGAAAGAGAAAUAAUCAAACUGACCAUGAAGUUCCAAGCCUUGCGUCUGACAAUGCUGCAGCGUCUUGAACAGCUGGUAGAGGCCAAGUAACUAGCCAGAGUUUGACUUUUGUGGUGCUUGUGGUAGCCAGUGUGCAUAGAGUUCUUGGGACCCAGCCCUAACUGAUAACUGACCGAUGGCUGCUGCCCGAAGAAUCCAGUACCUAAGAGCAUUACACCUGUCCACAGACUUCAUAGCAUCCUGCAUCUCUAGUCUUGGUACCAUGGUGAGCGUGCACAGGCACACCCAGGCACUUGCUGGCUAGGAUCUAUGUACAAAGCUGGCCUAGGUGGUAAUAAAGAGCCUUGGAACUGUGAUACCAGCUGCUUUGCAUUGUUGAAUAGCAUGGCCAGCCUUGUUCCUGUGUAUUUCCAGUUCGAGAGAGCAGUAUAGCACCCAGCCCCUGGAGAAUGGGCUUCAUCUGCUUGCCCAGUGCCUGUCUCUGAGCCUCUGCAUGGCCACAAGUCCCUGCCCUUCUCUCCCAUGUGAACUAUGAAGUCCCUGUCUUCCCUUGCUUCUUAUUGACACUCAGGAUCUGUACUGAGCGGGAACUGCCAAUGGCCAUGAGCUACGGCCUGCUUCUAACUACUGCUUCACCAUGAAGUCCUGGCCUCUGAGCCUCCUUUCCUAGCCAACAUUCCUGGCCUAGAGGUUAGAUCAGGACUAGGACUACCAAGAUCAUCAGUUCUUGGCAUAAAUCACCCUUAACUUGUGAGUGUGAUGCAAAAAAAUCCUUGAAAGGAGUUGUCUUCAAAAAAAUAUGUCCAUCGAAGUAUUUCUGAAGUUGAUUUGUGUGGCAUUGGAACAGCUUGCAGUGACUCCAGAAGGCUCAGUCCCCUUCACUCCAUCUUGUGGAUGUCUCUUGCUUUCCUUGGGACUGAGCUUCUUUGUCUCUAGUGGAUAGGGACAGCACUCAAUCCAUCCUAUCAAAGCUCAGCAAAAAAUGGAAAAUGUCUAUUUGGGGAUAAAAGGCUUCUAAUCGCCUAGAAAUGGACACAGAACUGUUUGUUUCCUGACUGAUUGAAAUCCCUGGAAUGAAUGAGAAAACUAUGCAAUGAUUUACAUCAGUUGUGAGAAUGAUUGUCUGACAGAGCAAACUAUAGGCCAGCUUCUUCCCCUGAGGUCUGCGGACAGUGGCUUUGAAGAGAAGACUGAUGAAGGCCUUAGAAGACAGAGUUCCAUCUUCAAUGCAGUGCAUGCGAAAGCCACUCCUGGAGUCCUGACCAGCAAAGCAUGAGGACAGCUGUGCAGUGGGAAGCCACGAGGCAGGGUAGAUGUCACCCCUAGAUUUUCCAGACCCAGCUCUGUUUCACAGAAGUACUUAGCUGACAAGGGAGGAGGCCUCUUGCCUCCUGGCCUCUUUGGCACUGUGCUUUCUUCGGUGCUUAAUAAAGGCCUGCUGUGUUGAACAGAAGCUGCAGGACCAACCCUU